AUGGCCAGCCACGGCGGACGGCUGACUGCGUUCCACCUCUUCCCUCAACUCCCCCCCGAGUUGCGGGAGACGGUCUGGGAGUUUGCGCUCUGGCCUCCCCAAGUAGGCAGUGCCCUCUUCUUCAGCACUUGCAGACGUUGGAAGCCCUUGCCAGAGAGCAUGGCAGCUUAUAUCAACCCCAACGCCCAAGAGAAGACACCCCUGUUGAUCACUGAGCUAAACGACACCCGUUCGCUGCGCUCGAUGGAGGACAACCUCUGGGGUACCUAUUGGGAGGCCCGCGAAAUGGUCCAGUUGGUGCGCAGGAAACGAGCGAGAGAGCGAGCGAAGGAGCGGGACAGGCAGCAAGGCCCGGCUGAUCUUCCGACGUUGAGUGGCCGCUUCAAACAGGGAGAUCGAGAGAUGAGCUUGACGUAUACCCCGGAGAGAGACAUGAUAUGUUUCGAAAAGAAAGACUUGAAGAGCAUCCUCCAUUGGGCGGCGAAUGAGCCAUCGAUGCCCCCGUUCCUCCAGAUUGGCUUCCUCAACUUUGCUCUGCUGUAUGACGAGUCGUGGAGCGAGUUUUUCCAGGACCCAUCACCCAUGCCUAGAUACUACAGGCGGCGGGCGAUGGACGGGAUGCUCUUCCGCGCGUGCUGCAAGUCCGGAGCGGAAGCCUUUUGGGUGAUUGACAGAGUGCCUCGUCCCAAGACGGGAAGCAAUGCGCUCGCUGGAGCCCGGGUCCAAUAUGUUGGCCGUCGGCAGCGCUUUGUACAGGUCGUCAAUGCAAAUCUAUGGGAUUUUGGCAACUCGAACUCUUUCAUAUUCGUGUAUAGACUUGAGAGGGCCGUCAAGACUUGGCUGUCGCUCGUCGUUGGCAAUCAGGGGCCUCUGGAGUAUUGGUCUCCUCCCAAGAAGUUUGGAGUUCUCUGCUGCAUCGAGCGAGAAGCAGACGCUGCAUUGUCCGAAUGA